AUGCCUGAAGGUGCUGGGAACAAGGAUUUGUCGAGUCUAACCUCUCAUGAGCAAGAUGUCUUGAUCGCCUUCCUCAGCAAUCUGAAGCCCGACAAUGUCGAGGUCGACUAUGACGGAUUGGCUGCCACGCUUAAUCUGAGCACUCGCGCAUCAGCCCACGAAGCCUGGAAAGCAGUGCAAAAGAAGCUCUUCGGACAUGCGAAGCUAUCAUCUGUGCAAGGGCCUCGACCUGCUGCAAGACCACAGGCUUUGGGGCGGAAGACAUGCUUCUCCUUUGCUUCUCCAGCCGUCGUGCUCCAGUUCGGGAAACAUGAAAAGUUAUUCCACAAAGAAGCCCUUCUCCAAAUCCCGUACUUCCAGGAGAAGCUCAAAAAUAUGACCUCAACAGCUACAGCGAUAAAACGACUCUCAUUCCCGCUGUUCUUUCCAGAAUCCGGGGAGAUGCUAGCGAAGUGGGUAUAUUUUCAAGAGUUAGCCUACGACACACACGAGGUGACGCAAUUUGGCAAGGGAGAAGCUUCCGAUGCAGCUUGCACGAUCUUCCGCGCUUACGACCUCGCCAUGCACCUCAACAUGGAGGACUGGGCCAACCAUCUCAUUGACUUGCUCGUGGCGAUUCCCUCUGAUCACUCGUGGCUGUUGGCGUGUUUUGAAGAGGCCGAAUCUCAUCCCGAUCAUAAUAUAGAGAAAAUGGAACUCCUCAUCGUCUCAAAGCUUGCACCGUUGGUCCGUACUUAUGGUUUGUUUGACGACAGUCAUGAGGGUGUUAAGACCUUGGCGAACAAAGUAAGUCAAGGGGGCGUUUUCGCAGUGAUCCUCGUGCAGGCUCUCGCUGGGCAACAAAGCUUGGAAGAGAUCGCGAAGGUAAAUAAGUGCGCCUGGCACGUUCAUGACAAGACCGAAAAGUGCACUUGA